UGUAGUUCGUGUCGUCAUCGCCGCUCUGUCGCUCUUGUCGCCUGUCGGUUGUCGUUUGCCGUUUGCCGUUAGCCGUUUGUCGCCUCUGUCGCCCGUCGUUUCUCGUCGUUUGUUGUUUCUCCCUCCGUUCGCUGUCCGCCGAUCGCCGUGUCGCCAGCUCCUCCAUUCUCCGCCCUGCGCCACGCCAAUUCCCCUCUGUGCUCUUUUUUUUGCGUUCUCCUUUGAAAUUAACAAGAAUUUUUUUGAAACAAGAAGAUAAAUCCAAAGUGCCAGUGAGUGAGCCCGAGCAAAAAUCGAAGAAAUUCAAAAAACAAAAACCAGUACCUGUAGAACACAAAAACAAAGCUAUAAAAAUACAUAAUUAAAAAUAAAAAAUAAAAAACACCCAAGAAGGAGCACUGAGAGAUCCCGCCUAGAGAUCGCCGUGGGAAGUCCUUUCUGCAUGACGCACUCGGUUGUUUGAAACGGUUAUGUGAUGAGAUACGACGUCCAGGAGCUGCUACUUCAUCAGUCUGCUGAGGAUCCAUUCGCCAGGUUCGCCAAUGGGAUGGCAUAUCAUCCAUUUCUGCAGCUAACGCAACGACCCACUGACUUCAGCGUCUCCUCGCUGUUGACGGCGGGUAGCAACAACAGUGCCACCAGCGGCAGCAACCACAGCAGCACCCACGCCAGCAACAGCGCCAAUUCCAACACCAACGCCAACUCCAACAACAACAACAACAACAACAACAACAACAACCACAGCGGCGGCAACACCAAUUCGAGCAACACCAACAACCUAGUGGCCGUCUCACCAACGGGUGGUGGUGCGCAGCUUUCGCCGCAGAGCAACCACAGCAGCAGCAACACCACCACCACCAGCAGCACCAACAACUCCAGCUCCCACAACAACAAUAACAAUAACAACAACAACAACACCAACAAUAACAACAACAACAACCACACGAACAACAACAACAACAACAACCCGAGUCAGAAGCAGGGACACCACCUGAGCACCGCCGAAGGGACGCCCUCGCCCGCUGGCACACCGCCGCCGCCGCCGCUGCCGCAGAUCGUUGGUGUUGCCGGUGCGCUGCAGCCGCCGCCCAGCUCGGCCGCCCAUCCGUCGCACCACCCACCAGCCGCCGCCGCCGCCGCCGCCCAUCACUCCCCCAGCACGGGUGCCGCUGCACCACCCGCCGGCGCCGCGGGUCUGCCGCCACCCACACCGCCGCACCACCUGCAGCAGCAGCAGCAGCAGCAGCAGCAACAGCAGCCGCAGCAGCAGCACCAGGCACCACCACCACCGCCGUACUUCCCGGCUGCGGCACUGGCCGCUCUAGCCGGCAGUCCGGCCGGACCGCACCCGGGCCUCUAUCCCGGCGGCGGACUGCGCUUCCCGCCGCACCACCCGGGCGCCCACCCGCACGCCCACCACCUGGGCAGCGCCUACACCACCGCCGAGGACGUCGUCCUCGCCUCGGCCGUCGCCCACCAGCUGCAUCCGGCGAUGCGACCGCUCCGGGCCCUGCAGCCCGAGGACGAUGGCGUCGUCGACGACCCCAAGGUCACGCUGGAGGGCAAGGACCUGUGGGAGAAGUUCCACAAGCUGGGCACGGAAAUGGUCAUCACCAAGAGCGGCAGACAAAUGUUUCCGCAAAUGAAAUUUCGUGUUUCGGGACUGGAUGCCAAGGCUAAAUACAUCUUGCUACUGGACAUCGUGGCGGCGGACGAUUAUCGUUAUAAAUUUCAUAAUAGUCGCUGGAUGGUGGCUGGCAAAGCGGACCCCGAGAUGCCAAAACGCAUGUAUAUCCAUCCAGAUUCGCCCACAACGGGUGAGCAAUGGAUGCAGAAAGUUGUUUCAUUUCACAAAUUAAAAUUGACCAACAAUAUUAGUGAUAAACAUGGAUUUGUAAGUACUACGAUCCUGAACUCGAUGCACAAGUACCAGCCGCGGUUCCACCUGGUGCGCGCCAACGACAUCCUGAAGCUGCCGUACUCCACGUUUCGCACGUACGUCUUUAAGGAGACCGAGUUCAUCGCCGUCACCGCAUAUCAGAACGAGAAGAUAACUCAAUUGAAGAUCGACAACAAUCCCUUCGCGAAGGGCUUUCGUGAUACUGGCGCUGGCAAGCGGGAAAAGAAUUGUUACAGGCAGGCGCUGAUGUCGAACCGAGGGUCCGAUUCGGACAAGUUGAAUCCGACGCACGUGAGCAGCUCCCGGGCACCGCUCCACCUGGGCCACGCCGGCCGUCCGCCCCACCUGCAUCCCCAUGCCGCCCUGCUCGACAACCAGCAGGAUGACGACGACAAGCUCCUGGACGUCGUGGGCCCGCCCCAGAGUCCGCUCCUCCCGCUCAGCCACUCGCUGCAGCAGAUGCACGCCCACCAGCACUCCGCCCUGGCUGCCUGGUUUAACCACCUGGCGGGCGCCGGAGCCGGAGCCUCCGAGCACGCAGCUGCCGCGGCGGCCAAUGCCAGUGCGGAGGAUGCACUGCGUCGCCGCCUGCAGGCGGACGCCGAUGUGGAGCGGGAUGGCAGCGAUUCGAGCUGCUCGGAAAGCGUCGGCGGCAGUACCGGCGGUGCCUUUAGGCCCACCUCGACGGGCAGUCCCAAGGAGGCGGUGGGCGCUGCUGCGGCUGCCGCAGCGGCUGGCCUGAAUCCCGGCGGCGCUAGCUACCCAUCGCCGAAUAUAUCCGUGGGUCCGCCCAUCCAUCCGUCGCCGCAUCUGUUGCCUUACCUCUAUCCCCACGGCCUGUAUCCGCCGCCGCAUCUCGGGCUGCUGCACAAUCCGGCAGCGGCGGCGGCCAUGAGUCCGGCCGGCCUGAAUCCCGGCCUGCUGUUCAAUGCCCAGCUGGCGCUGGCCGCCCAGCAUCCGGCCCUCUUCGGGCACGCCUACGCGGCGGCGGGACACACGCCGGUCUCGCCGCUGCAGGGCCUGAAGAGCCAUCGCUUCUCGCCGUACAGCCUGCCGGGCAGCUUGGGCUCCGCCUUCGAUGCAGUCACUCCCGGCUCGAAUGCCAAUCGAUCGGGCGAUCCGGCCGGCGGCCUGGGUGGGGGCGGUGUGGUGGAGAAUGGCCCCAGGAGCUUGAGCUCCAGCCCGCGACCUCGACCCGCCUCCCAUUCGCCGCCCACUCGACCGAUUUCCAUGUCGCCCACCACGCCGCCCUCGCUGAUGAAGCAGCCACGAGGCGGUGGCGCCGGAGGAGUGGCCCAAUCCCAGCACUCGCCGUCGGAGCUGAAGAGCAUGGAGAAGAUGGUCAACGGGCUGGAGGUGCAGCACAAUGGCAGUGCGGCGGCGGCGGCGGCAGCCCUUCAGCUGGCCGAGGAGGCUGCCCAGCACCACCAGGGGCACCACAUCCAGGCACACCACCCCCAGGCCCACCACCAGCAGCCGCAGCAGGCACAGGCACAUCCGCACCACCAGUCGCACCACCAGACGCACCACCACUCGCACCACGGGGCGCCGACGGGCGGUGGGGAUCAGUGACAAUUACUGGACGGCCGCUCCGAUUGCGAGGAUGGCGGCCUGGAGUUGGAACUGGACCUGGAGGAGGACGUCGAGGAUCAGGAGCAGGAGCACGACCCCGAUGACCAGGACGAGGAUCGCAGCUCGGUGAUCGAUCUCGAUCUGGAUGUCGACGUCUGACCGCGAACGGACCAUCGCGACAGCCUCUAGCCUCUGAGCUACACGGCCACCGUCUUUGUGGUUCAGCGGAGUGUGUUGUAAAUACAUCGAAAUUGGUUAUCGAUCACCAUCGAUAGUUCGAUUUCGAUUCGAUUUGGAUUUGGAUUGGACCCUAGCACCUAGGCAUUUGUAGCAUAUAUAGCAUAUAUUCCUCUCUUGGCUAAGUCACUCUGCCUGUCCACUCGCCAGCCUUAAGUAAUUUUUUUUGUGUCUCGUUUCUAAGCAAAGCCUAGCCCCCUAGAAUUCGCUGGCGAUUCGCAGGCCGAGUGACGGAGAGGUCUAUCGAUAACGUAGAGCGGGAGAACGAUAAGGGGACGUGGCAAAAGAAUCGAUAAAUCUUUUAGCACCCUCAAGGGUCAAUGGUCUACACUUCAAGAUCAAACAGAUGGAAAAAAAUAAAAUUAAAACAAGAGAAGGCUCUUUCUCAGACAAAUUUGUAAGGCAUAUGAUAUGAUGUAUCAACCGUAUAUGUAUAUUGAUUGGAUUGGAAAUAGCAACAUCAAAGAUGGCGCCUCUUUAUAUACAUCUAGAACACAUAUAUAUAUAUAGUAUAUAUAGAAGCUGGUAUAUAUACAGAUUGUAACCUUAGUAAAACAUACAAGAAAAACAAAGAAAACCCAUGAAAAGAAAAGCCCACAAAAAAAUACCACAAAAAAAACAAAAUAAAUGCAAUUUUUUUCUUAGUCUUAGGUGGAUGAAUUUUUUUUUAGUAAACGUAAAUAAAACCUAUAUACAUAGAAAUAUAUAUACAUGAAUAAUUUAUGUAGCUCUUAAGUACCAAAAUACCGUAAACACUCAACAAACCAACACACAUGCAGCACCACCCCCUCACACACACACACCUACACACCAGUGACGAGUUUUCUUCGUAGACGAUGGGAAAUGCUUAUAAAAACGAACCUAUACGAACUAUUAGAGCUUGAGUUUUCCUAAUUUAAACAUAAUAUUUUUUUUUUCGAUUUUUUUUCGUACUUUUAAGUUCUAAAAACCAAAGAAGAAAGUAAUCAAUUUUUUUCGUAUUUUAUUUUAACUUCGGAACCCCCUGAGAUGCUAAUUUAGGGCACGAGUUCUGUGUGUGUUUAUAUCAUUAAUGAAUAUAUACUAUAACUGUAUGGAUAAAAGAAUAUCAUUUUUUUAUUAGUAAAGUACAUUUUUUUGUGUAAGAAGGAUUAAAAAAAUGAAAUGAAAUGAAAAGAGUUGAAUUCAACGCAUGUUCCUCGCAUAAUUUAAGAGAGAGCGACAAAGACGCAGCUAACACACACCCACCCACCCACACCACCCGCUCACACACACUCGCACACCCAGAGACACACACACACCAACACACAAAAGAUACACCCAGAGAAGUAACGAGAAAAAAUACAAGAAAAUUCACAAAAAAAUAUUAAAAUACAUUUCUGUAGCGACUUGUUUUCCUUGUAACCCAAUAAUAAUGCAACAUCGCACCAUCAUCACCAUCAUUGUCAUCAUCACCUCGUCAUAGGCAUUCUUAUGAUGGAAGAGAACUAUUUUUUUUCUGUUGGUUAGCUGUUUUUUGAAAUUGAAUUAUACGCAAAAGCAAUAUUAAUUAUAGUUAAUUAAAUUUAAAACAAACGCAAACAGCCCGAAACAACAACAGCAACAUUAACAGCAACAACAACAAAAACAAAAACAACAACAACAACAAAUUAUGUACGAAAGAAUAUAUAUUUAAAUAUAUAUAUGUAUAUGGAUAAAAUUAAUGAAGAAGCAACAACACCUCAUGUCACUGCAAUUAUAUAUAAAAUUAAUUAAACAACAACAAACA